AUGACUACCAUAUACGAGAAGAGGCUCGUCAUUAAAUCGUCUGAGCUGGGCAAGGCUGGAACUCUUCUCUUAGCCUUCAAGCCUCUUGAUAACACUGGCAUCAGGCAAAAGAUAGUUGUGUGGAAGAUCAUCCCAUUCUCAAAAGCUCCCAACAAUGUUGCCAAAGUGAAAUACGUGAGCCAGCUCGCGUUCAUCGCUCCUCAGAUCGACGAUGAUAAUAUAAUUACACCUUCUACGUCCCACACUGUCGACGUUGGAGGAGCGGUUAUCUAUGACAUUGACUCAGAUAAAAAUAUAAUCAUCAAAGAUACCGAAGAAAACAAGGAGGAAGGCUCUAUCGCCGCAACGAACAACACUGGAAAGCUACGAGAUAUUGCCCUUGGCCUUCAGAUCGACGCAAAGGCUGAUCCCGAGCCUAUUUUGCAUUUUCCCAACAUUGCACAUCACGGAGCAGUUGUGGCCAAGUUUCGCCCAGUACUGCGUGCCUAUAUGACCUCUGACUAUCGGGAGCACGAAAUCAUUUCGGGCGAGGUGCAAACCAAUAUGAUCUGGGAGAGGGAUCUUACUCAGUUGGAUAGCGUUCUACCUAGGUCACUCUCUGUCGAGCUUGCCAAGAUCGCAGCCGUCAGUUGCAAAGACAUCCUCGCCGCCGCAAACUUCUCCGACAUUGAAAUCUCAUUCCGGGAGUCGAUCUUUACACUCUCUGCCCCUCCAACGCUCCUCAAUCACACCGAGAGAUGUUUCGACCCCACGGCUGAUUUGCGUAGCCCCUUCACAGGCGUCCUAGGCAUUGCGAUCGCUCAUAAAAAGGCAGCUCCGGUAGAGGGUAUGGGGACGCUGUACAUUUGCGAGGGCGGUGAACGCAACCGAGUUUUCCUGUUGACCGCCCGCCAUGUCGCUCUACCUUCGAGUAUGCACCGCAAGGACCUCUAUAUCUUCGAUAGGAUCAAAUCUAGCCUCCUUCGUCCUCGUAUUCGUCACCAAGUACUUAUUCUCGGUCCACAAGCGUACUCCAAUGCUAUCAGGGACAUGGUUGGCAAAAUUGGAUCCGAGGUUUCCAAUCUCGAGCGCUACAAGCGUCUCCUCGGUCAACUAGGUGAAGCACCUGCAGACGAGAAUGUCAGCACGGUAUCGAAGAACCGUAGGACCUAUAAGGAAAGGUUGGAUAAAGCGGAGAGGACACUUGUCGGUGUAGACGCGCUUCAUAGCGAGAUCACCAAGAAUUGGACGGUGGUGGAACAGCGCGUGCUGGGCCACGUUGUCUAUGCUCCCCCUAUUUCAGUCGCCACUGACCCCAAGCAGUUCACCGAAGACUGGGCAUUGGUCGAGCCCUGUAUAUCGAUACGUUCUUCGAGGAUAUUUACCAAUACCGGGGUCACCACUGGCCGCGGGAGCAGGCUCGAGUCGGCUACUCGAGAGUGCGAUGAACACGGGGGGAUCAAGUCGACAUCGAUAGCAAUCGCCAUACACCCCUAUAGCCAAAAGCUUGGGGCGUUUUCCGCUCCUGGUGACUCCGGCUCUGUUGUCGUUGAUGGUCACGGACGUAUCCUUGGUAUGCUCAUCGGUGGCGCGGGCAUGGCAGGCGACAUGGACGUCUCGUACGUUACGCCGUAUUUCUGGCUCGAGGAUCGAAUCAAAAAGAUCUUUCCCGACUCCUACCUCUACCCUGCUACGGAGGAGAGUGACCUCUAG